UUAAAAAACAAUUAGUUUCGUUUAUCCUUUAAACAUAUUUUUAGUUCAACUGCCCCAACAAAAACAACUUAAUCUCGAGGUUAUGUUUUGCAAACAAAGUGACAAGUGAUAAAAGUACAAAGUUCGUGAAUAUAUAUAAAAACUAUGUGAUAAAGCAGUUGAAUGGCUCGAAGAAUCACCACCUUAAUGAUGCGACAAUACAGCACAGCCCCCAAAACGAUCCUGACCGAAAAACUCGGCGAAAUCGUCACAAUCGGCAUAAACCGGCCCGAGAAACGCAACUGCGUGGACCCCAGCACCGCGAGACAGCUCAGCAAAGCGAUCGAAGACUUCGAAAACGAUGACAGCCUCCGGGUGGCAGUUCUCUACGGAAACGGGGGCAACUUUUGCGCUGGGUUUGACUUGAAAGCGUUGUCCGAAAUGGACGCAAGCCCUGACGCCGGUAUUCACGAAGAGGGACAAAUGGGGCCAACGCUUCGCUAUAUUAAAAAACCGAUGGUGGCUGCGGUGAGCGGGUAUGCAGUGGCAGGGGGUUUAGAGUUGGCUUUAAUGUGCGACUUACGCGUGAUGGAAGAGAACGCCGUCAUGGGUGUGUAUUGUCGAAGAUUUGGGGUGCCUUUGAUGGACGGGGGCACCGUUAGGCUGCAAGCCAUGGUGGGGUUGUCCAGAGCGAUGGAUUUAAUUUUGACGGGUCGCUCCCUCGGUGCCAAAGAAGCGCUGGAGUGGGGGGUUGCAAACAGGAUUGUCGCUUGCGGUACAGCUCUAGGACAGGCGAUUCAACUCGCCGCUUCCUUGACUAAAUUUCCGCAGCAGUGUAUGUUGACUGACAGAACGUCCACUUACAACGCGGCUUUUAAUUCCGCUUAUCAUGAUCUACUUAAGUAUGAGCAGACCAAUGGCUUAAAAGUGGUUGCUUCUGAGUCGAUUCCCGGGGCCAAAAAGUUCGUGAGUGGAGUAGGACGGCACGGGAAAUCUACCAAUUUAAGAGAAAAAGAUCUAAAGACGUGGGAAAAGGAGUUUGAAACUAAAAGCAAGCUGUAAAAUUUAUUUGUAAAUAUGAAAAAUAGUGUAAGGAAUAAAAAGUACUGUUUUAAAUA